CCUUUUGACAAGUAGCCAUAUGCUCAUGCUUCUUUGGCAUCUUUGUAUAUUAAUUAGGAAAACACCUUUCAUAAUAUGUUGAUUGCAGGCUGAGGGAGUCACGGGGGCUGAUGGUGACAAGGACAAGGAUGAAGGCCGUUCUAAGGCACUCAAGGCGAACAAAGAAGAAGAUGACAAAAUGCGGACUACAGCCGCAAAUGUUGCUGCCCGAGUUGCUGUUGGAGGGGAUGAUAUGUUAUCGAAGUGGCAACUUAUGGCUGAGCAAGCCCGGCAGAAGCGUGAAGGAGGAACUGAUGUGGUGUCAGCUUCUCAGUCUGGUAAAGAUUCUAGUCGUCGGACUUUAUCUAAUCCUGGACGAGCUCUGAGGGACAACCAAGGAGCUGAAAUCAGAGGCUCCUCUUCUUCAGCAUUUGGGGGAAUGAGGAAAUUCGGGAGAGAUUCAGUUCAUACAAAGAUAGCCCGGAGUAUAACAGUUAAAGAUGUAAUCGCAGUCCUUGAAAGGGAGCCUCAGAUGUCAAAAUCUACAUUGAUCUAUCGCCUAUAUGACAAGAUACCUGGUGAUACAACAACAGCAGAAUGAGAUCAUAAUAGGAGAUGAAAUGCAAGAUCAUAGAAAACUUGUGUAAUAACCGUCAAUAAUUAAAUUGAGAUGACAGGUUUCUUAGCUUAUUCUUCCUAUUAGUAUCUUUUCUGCAUGUAAACUGUACAUCAGUUAAUAUGUAGAUUUCCCUAACAAUAAAUGUAACAUAAAUUGGUCACCUAAUCUAUUAGGUUCACGAGAGAAGUAUUACACCGUGUUUUGUUACUUAUACGAGGAGACUGUUUGGAUAUCA